AUGCUUGGAAGUUUCUUUUUCCCUGGAGGCACGGGGAAUCUGGCUUCGCUCACAAAGAGUAUAGGCAAGGGCAUUGUAGAGGAUGUUCGGGGAAGGCUUCCCUGGUACAAGCACGAUUGGAUAGAUGGCUACAGUUACGGGAUAAGGCUGCUAGCACCGGCAACAUACAUUUUCUUCGCAUCUGUGAUCCCUGCCUUGGCCUUCGGCCAGCAGCUCUUCAUCGAGACAGAUGGCCAGCUGUCAGGCGUGCAGGUGCUCAUUGCCACAGCCAUCACAGGCACAGUGCAGGCGUUGGUCGGAGGGCAACCGCUGCUCAUCAUUGGGGUGGCAGAGCCCAUUGUGCUCAUCUACAGCUUCAUGUACUCUUUUGCCAAAGGGCAGGGCCAGCUGGGCGCUCGGCUCUUUCUGCCAUGGGCGGCGUGGGUGUGCAUCUGGACAGCCGCCAUGAUCCUUGUCCUGUCCUGUGUAAACGUCUGCCACUAUGUGUCUAGGUUCACGCGGCUGAGCGGGGAGCUGUUCGGCUUCCUCAUAGCAGUGCUGUUCAUGCAGCAGGCCAUCAAGGGGUGCCGCCUCGAGGGUGCGGCGCGGGAGUAUGCGUGGGAUUUGGUGAACGGCCUGUGGAGCAUAUUUCUGGCGUUUGGGCUGACGCUGACAGCGCUGCUGAUGCGGACGGCGCACAGGUGGCGCUUUGGCAGCACGCUGGCGCGCCAGCUCAUCGCUGACUACGGCGCCCCCCUCAUGGUGGUGGCGUGGUCGGCGCUGUCGUAUGCGCUGCGCGGGGCGCCAGACGGCGUUCCCCGUCGCGUGGACAUCCCCGACACCUGGAAGGACACCGGGCCCUGGUCCGUUGCGCGGGAUUUGGGCAAGGUGCCGGGGGCAUACAUAGCGGCGGCGCUGCUGCCGGCGGCGGUGAUAGCGCUGCUCUUUUUCUUCGACCACUCGGUCUCCGCCCAGCUGGCGCAGCAGCCGGAGUUCAAUCUGCGCAAGCCGCCGGCCUAUCACUACGAUUUUCUGCUGCUGGGAUUCAUGACGCUCGGCUGCGGCCUCAUCGGCGUGCCGCCCGUCAACGGCGUUUUGCCGCAGGCACCCAUGCACACCAAGAGUUUAGCCACAUUGAGGCAGGGCCAUGUCAGGCGGCAACUGGGGAAGGCAGCCAAGGAGGCCGGCAAAGUCAGUCACACUGCAGCUGACCGGCAGGCCGCGAUCAACGGGCAGGCUAUAAGUGCUCCUGCUGAUGGGCGGGCAGAGAUGGCCGGGCAGCAGGCUAAUGGCGGGGUGAAUGGGCAGGCCACAAAUGGCCUCGGCGUCGGCGUCGAAUUUCACUUUGAGCGGGACAUUGACACCUACAUUCCUGUGGAGGUAACAGAGACGCGCAUCACAGGUUUGGUGCAGAGCCUGCUGGUUGCAGCAUGUCUGGGCCUGACAAUGGGCAUCAGGCUGAUACCCAGCGCUGUUCUGUGGGGCUACUUUGCCUUCAUGGCGCUCGAAUCCCUGUCCGGCAGCCAGUUCUGGGAGCGCCUGCUAUACCUGGCCACAGACCCUGCCAAGCGCUACAGGCUGCUGGAGCAGGGCCACGCGCCCUAUGUGGAGACACUCCCUUACAGGGCGGUGGCGGCCUUCACGCUGUUUCAAUUAGUAUAUUUACUAAUAGUUUACGGCAUCACCUGGAUCCCCAUCGCGGGCUUCCUCUUCCCGCUGCCCAUCAUCGCGCUCAUCCCCAUCCGCACCUCCCUCCUGCCCAAGGUGUUUUCGGCCAACACGCUGCGUGAGCUUGACGCGGCUGCGUAUGAGGAAGCGCCACCGCUCACCCAUGAGGAGGCAAUUGCACAGAUGGAAGGUGACCAGACAAAAUACCCGAGGGAGGCACUAUUGGUGUAG